CAGUCGACGGCAGGCAAAUGGAAAUAAGUUUGUGACAUUACCGCAGGCACUUAGGGACCGUGUUAAUUUUUCACCUUUUUGUGCAAAAAUAAUUUAGUUUUUCAAAUUAUUUUGAUUAAUCACUACAUUACAUUAUUAAAUCUUGUGUUGGACCCUUACCUCUAACUAAAAGUAUAUGUGUAUCUGAAUAGUAAAGAAUACGCCCUUGAAAACCGUGUUUCAAAAAAAAUCUUAAGUCAGCAUAGCAACAGCACUUCGAUCCAUAUAAUUCCUAUUUUAGAGAGUAAGAAGUACAGUCCGCAGUACGGGUGCCUUUAUGAGAUGAGUGGAGAGGAUGUAUGGAGUGUUGAGAACCAAGACGGAAGAACAUUAAUCUGAUAGAUACUUAAGGUAUUGUAACAACUUGGUGCUUUUUGUUAGUGUAAGAUGAUCACCCGAAGAUGGUUUCACCCCUCGCUGAACGGUAUGGACGCGGAGAAGCUGUUGAUGGAGUGCGGUCGCGAUGGAUACUUUUUAGCGAGGCCUAGCAUGAGUAACAAGGGUGACUUCACUCUAUCCGUGCGAAGAGGAAACGAGGUAACUCACAUUAAAAUUCAAAAUAAUGGCGAGUUCCUCGACCUUUACGGCGGCGAGAAGUUUGCAACUCUAUCUGAACUGGUGCAGUAUUAUAUGGACAAUCAAGGACAACUCCGCGAGAAAAACGGAAAUAUUAUAAGGCUAAAAACUCCACUGAACUGCGCCGACCCCACCACCGAGCGCUGGUACCACGGACAACUGACCGCCAAAGAAGCGGAGAGAAUAAUGUUAGAGAAUGGAAAGAACGGCUCAUUUCUGGUCAGAGAGUCGCAGCGACAACCCGGCGACUUCGUUUUGUCUGUACGCACAAGAGAUCGUGUUACACAUGUGAUAAUACGCCGACAUGAUAAUAAGUACGAUGUAGGUGGAGGUCAGCAGUUUGAUAAUUUAGUAAGCCUCAUAGAGCAUUAUCGGAACUAUCCCAUGGUGGAAACUACCGGGGAAGUGUUGCGACUUAUCCAGCCUUUCAACGCUACACGAAUUCAAGUUCGCCAUUUCCAUACACGCGUGAAACAACUUCAAAAAGAAAACGAGGGUCCAAUUGAGAGCAUGGCAUACAAACAAGGUUUCUGGGAAGAGUUUGAAACAUUACAAAUGAUGGAGAACUUACAACUGUUUGACAGAAUGGAAGGUUCAAAACCUGAGAAUAUUAGAAAAAACAGAUAUAAGAACAUCAUACCGUUUGACCAUACUCGGGUUGUACUAAAAGAUAUACCGAGUGACGGACCACCGGGUUCUGACUAUAUCAACGCAAACUACAUUCGAUGUGACAUACCCGAUUCGAGUUCCGAUUGCCAGGAUUCCAAUAACGGUAGCAACGAAAACGGCUCACCGCCUGGACGAGAUAGCACGCCAUGUAGAAGUAAAGAUAAAACAUUAUCUCAAAUCUAUUCGAGCGUAGUAGUAACGGAGGAGAAAAUGAAGGAUGGCUCUAAAACUCACGGGAACGGGAUCCAAAAACAUAUUCCGCCUUUUGAACCGAUCCUGCAAACAAAUCCGAAUUAUGUUAAUACUACGAUUCCAAAGUCGCCAGUCGAAGCUGAAAGUCUCAUUGCUGAAAACGUUUACAAUAAAAUUUAUAUAGCAACACAAGGCUGCCUAUCGACUACUAUUUACCAAUUCUGGUCCAUGAUAUGGCAGGAGGAUGUUCGAAUCAUUAUAAUGACAACAAAAGAGAUCGAGCGCGGUAAAGUGAAGUGCGAGCGCUACUGGCCAGACUUGAACAAAACGGAGGUCAUAAAAAAGUAUACCAUAUUCAACGAGUCUGAGUCCUCGACCCAGGACUACACCUUGCGGCGUUUCGUGGUAACAAAGAAAGAUGAGCCUAACACCAAGCGAACAAUUUAUCAUUUCCAUUUCACGGCCUGGCCUGAUCACGGAGUGCCAUCGGAACCGGAUCGCGUUCUGAACAUUUUGCUAGACGUGAACUGCAGGCUUAAGCAGAUAAUGACUGGGCCCGAUCCUCCGGCACAGGCGGUCGUGUGCGUGCACUGUUCAGCGGGUAUCGGAAGAACGGGAACCUUUAUCGUCAUCGACAUGAUUUUGGACCAAAUUAGGAAAGAAGGGUUCGACUGUGAGAUAGACAUACACCGCACUGUGCAAAUGGUAAGGGAUCAACGUUCCGGUAUGGUUCAAAACGAGGCGCAGUACAAAUUUAUAUACAUGGCGGUACUAGAAUAUAUACAGACGGUGAAACAGAGGAUUGGCCUGGGGCCAGAGCCGGCCCAGGAUUCGACGCGGAUCCGGGGCUCCCAUAUCGUGCCGUUUUUAUGAAUCGUGCUAAGAGCGAAAAGAUAUUUAUAUCAGAAGCUUUAUUUAACGGGAAUAUGUAGGGUACGUUGAUAGGGUUUUAAAAAAUACCUGAAUAGUGUAAUAUUAAAAAUAACAAACAGAUUUUGAAAUUGCUAUUAUAAAUCAUUUAAAACGUAAAUUAUUUCUAUGAAUUGUUUAUCAAACAAAAACCAAAAUAAGUAAUGAAAUAUUGUUUGCAUAGAACAAUACGCUCCUAUAUAGAAUGAGUUAUUUAUUUUGCAAACGAAAUUUAUUGCCAGUCAAUUUGUUAAAUUUCAAUAAUCUCUGUUACUAUUAAUAAUUAAAUCAUCAAUUUAUAUAUUUAAUGAAAUGAAAUAUAUUUUCUAUUUCAUGGAUAGGAUGCAGGAGAGCGGUGAUCUCUUGUUCUCCUAUGCAAAACGAAAAAAGUGAUUACAUUGUAUGAGGUGUUUUAUCGUUGUAUAGUAUAUUAUGUAUAUGUAGUUAUAAUUUAAUGAGGCCCUAAUUAGAUUAAGCGAUCCAUUCAUAAUGUGAAUAUUUUAUUUCAUAUAUUUUCAAAAUAUAAAUUUUACAUUAUUUUAUUGGAAUAUGCCACACUGGUAGUUUUUACAAAGUGAAAGAAAAUUAUAUAUGUUGUUAAAAUGAUAAUAGUUGUUGAUAGUUGAGAACUAUUGUUUAAAUUAUUCUAACAAAAUGGAGACCUGAUAUAAUGUUUCAAAUUAUUGCUUUAAAUUGGUACUACAUGAGGUCAGGGGGGUGGCUUCGAUGUGAUCUCGUAAUGGAGUUUGAAUUUGACAGAAUGUAUUUUUUAUUACUCAACAAUUUUUAAUGUGCUUGCAAUGAUAAAAAGGGUGUAAUGGAAACGUUUAAGAAUAGUGAAAAACUGUACACAAACGUUAAGAAACUUUAAAAAAAUAACCAGAGUCAAAGAAUAACCGAAUCCCUGUCUGAUUGUCAAUUUACUAAAAAUGUUUCCCUUAUAUCCUGUUUAUUUUGGAUUAUUUAAAUGGUGACAAAAUGAAGUAAGAAAACUGCACAAUAAUAUAUACAAAAGGAAUAAUCUAUCCACUCCAUGCACAUUUAUAUUUAUCUUCUCGAUAAAGUUUUUAUAGAACUUUUUUUUAAAUACCAUAACAAAACUUGUAAUAUAAUGUGUAAGUAACAAUUACACUUCAGUGUACACAUUAAAUGUGUCAAAUAAUUGUUCGCUACUUACACAUGGUUUGAAUUUAAAACCUAACACAACUGAAGGGAACAUAGAUAGCCAAAACCAAAUGAAUAUAGUAAUGUAUUAAAAUGGAGACAAACGCUAACUGUAAAUAUUCUUUUUAUCGACUGAAAUAGCAGUUAGAAGGAAACGACAAAGUUCAUGUAUAUUUUUAAAUGUCUGUCUGAAUAAUACUACAAUAUCCAUUUGGUUUUAAGCGUCUUGCAAUAUAUUUUUCUUAUCUAUUUUGUGACAUUGUACAUGAAAUAAGUGCAUAUAGGAGUGAAGCGAACAGUAUUGGGAGUGCUAAUAGUUGCUUUGGUCUAAAUUGUCAAAAUUAAAAUGUAUUUUGUGGUGCGUUCAGACAUGUGUAAUUCGUAGUGUGUGUUCUACGUGAACAGUACAUGCAACGCUGGUACUGUUCCAUUAGACGCCAGGUUUGCUCCAACACAAGGUCAUUCACGAUACUCUUCCAUACUAUUCGCGUUGCAUUACCCUACAAAUUACACUAGUUUGGUCGCAGCUUUACAAUCAGCACUAUCCGCCUAUGCUUUCGCCUAUCACUAGGUGUUGUCAUCCUAAUUAAUUAAAAAAAAAAUAACACCUGUUGGCACGAAUGUGCGGAAUAGAUUAGCUCGGUUUUGUAUUAAGGAUAUCAUGUCAUUUGUCAUAGCUCGCCUAUUCCCAUACUGCAUUAUAUUUUCAAAUUUCAACCGAAUACAUAUAAAAACCGGGACUUAAAUUCUUUUAAAUACAUUUAGCCAUUGCAGUACAGAGGUCGCUAGCAAUCACAUUAGACGUGGUAUUUUUUUUACCUUAAAUGGUGUAACCUGGCAACCGUAUCUACUUAAUAUGCAGGGUGUAAUAUUCCAAAUUCAAGCCAUAGGUCAUAUUUGUGACACGGGAAAGUUUUCUUUAAGGAACAUAGGUUGAAAUAAUAUAAAAAUAAAUUUUCGUACUUUGUUAACUUUUGCACCCUGUAUCUGUAAAAAAUGUUAAAUAGACAAAGACCAAACGAUAAUGUAAUGCAUAUUUAUUUUGAAGUAAUUUAAAAUCUAUGAGCUUUGGCAGUGAUUUAUAAUCAUUUUUAGUAAAAAAAAAAAAAUUGGUCAAUGAUUCCUUAAAAUUAAUUAAGAUUCAGAUAAAUCUAAUGUUAACACGCAAUUAUAUCAAACGUAUUAUUGUACUUCUUUCCAGUGUCUUUUGUAUUCUGUUAAAAAAAAAUAUUUCCAUUUUACCUGCGAGUAAUUAUCUCUAGUUCUUUUUUUUUAUUUUUUUUUUUAUAUUUAAUAUCUUUUAUAAUGAGAUGUUUUUAGAUUUUUCUAUUCUUGUCAAAAUGAAAAAUGAGGUGCUUUAUGUGGAGUAUUUGGCCCGCUAUCGUGGGCUAUUUGGUGCGAUAUUUUAUUGAUUUUUUUUUUUUGUUUAUAUGCUUAGGAGAUAUAUUGUGUACAGUCGCCAAAAUUUCUGACCUAAUGACUUAGUUUUAUACUUUCAUCUAUAUUGAUACUUUUCACUAAUAAUGAAACAAAUUUUAGAUGACAGUACAUUUGUACACAAGGUCUGUUUGAAUAGUGACCAUUACCCUUCACACGUUAGUGAUAUAUUACAUUUCUCUUAUAAGUAAGUAGUAUAUUUGACAAAUAUUUAUUUAUAUCACUAAAAUAUUAUUUACGUCAUGCAUUCUCAUCAUGAAUGGUAACAAUGGAAAUCUUUGCAAGUCCUAUUAAUUACAUUUCAUUUUUUGUUACUUUCACAGGUUCACACAUACUUCCUUCCAUUACUCCCUUCAAAGAUUGAAAUCUCACCUUUUAACUAAUACAUAAUAAUACUAUGCACUUACUUAUUAUAUGUGAUAUAUAUGUAUAUGUAUUUAUUAACAAUAUGUGUAUGUUUAUUUGUAUUCUAUUUACCUUGUAUACCUUUUUACCUGUACCUUUCCUGCUCUAGAUUGCCCGUUAAUUAUUUUCUCUAACUGCAUUGAAUUGUGUGAAAGAGAUCUCUUUUAGAGAUAACCCCACCCUUGCCAACAAGUUAAACUAAUCGCUGUACCUUUUACUCAAGUGCAAUAAAGAAUAUAUAAUAUAAUAUAUCGUUGAAUAUUGUCUUAUAAUUGACUUUUGACAUUUUUAAUAUUUAAUUUUCCACGUUAACUAUAAACUGUAUGUGAUAAUUGGAAGUUAUACACAAUGGUCACCGCUCAAACAGACAAACGUUAUUACGUUACAUUGUUGGCAUUUUAUUUUCACUGUAUUCCAAUUUGUAAAGCUGAGCUUAAAUAAUUGCAUGACGAAUAGAAGGAAGUUUUUAUGUUAUCUGCUGAAGAUAUAUGUUGUGUUACAAUAUAAUAAUAAAUAAAAUGUGAUAUUUA